UUUGGACGUAAUUAAUCGGGUGUUUGUUUCCUGUGUGAUACGAUAAUUUUUUAGAAUCUUUUUUUUUUUGUUCUUUUAAUUUGUUUUAGCAAAAUGCUUAGUUCUUGGGGUAUAUGGGUUGAGGGGAGUGAGAUAUUGAAUGGAAGAACACAGGAAGAGAAGGAGAAAUAGAUGUGACAAAUGAAUUAUAGGAAGAGAAAUGAUGUGAAAAUGUGACGAAAGAAGUGAAUAUAUGAUGAUGAUUACUCUUUGUUUUAAUGGAUUCUUGUGGUUUUUUUCUUUUCUUUUUAAUCAGAAGGAGCAUGGAUGGUCAUUAAAUAACGCAUAAAUAAUCAUGGAGUAGUAUAAGUGAUAGUAGAACUUUUUGUUUUUCUUUCUUCUGCUUCUUGAGAUUUUUAUUUUGUUAAAAUCCUGUUGUUAUUUUGCAACUAUAGAAUGGACAUCAAUUUGAUAUAUUUGUAGAAUUAGCAGUGUGCUUUGUGAUAUAUUAUGUGUAAUUUGUGUGUCUGUGGAUAUUGACAAAAUUGUAGAUUUUUGUAUCAGGCUAAUGUUGCUAAGAUGCACUGUUGUUAAAUAGCAGUUAUAGUGGAACUAUAGUGCUAUUGCAUUGGGGAAAUCCUUAGAUCCAUUAUUGCGACUCUGUCCGCUAAUGCGCUGCUAUGAUAUAUAGUGCAUUAUUUAGCUUUCUGCCAUUUUUUGCAUUCUGCAAUUGACAGCACUGCUAAGAUGCAAGGCGGGUUUGAAGAUUUAUCUCAUCUUGGGCUGGGUGGGCAUAGCAGUAGCACUUUAGCACUUGUUUUUUGAGAGUAUGAGAUAAAUAAUGGUGGUUGAAUACUUUAAUUAUUUAAAAAAAAAAACUUGACUAAGGAGGUCUGCACAUGUGUUGAUUGUUCCUGUCCUUGUAAAGGUGGCCCUUCUUAACCCUUACUCCGCUUUGUUUAAAGGAAAAGGAUUACAUGGGUGGGUAUGGUGGAACUCAUUAAGAGUUUCAGGUUGGUAGCAACUGUUCUAUUUGCAACAUUUUGAAUUUGUCUCUUUGUGUUGUUAGGUUCGUUUGAAAUAUCGCAAAAUCUGAAUGGCAUGUCAGCCUGUCAUCUGUUUUUGUAAGUAGUUUUGGAAGUGUCAGUAUUUGUGUUGGGACUCUAAUUAUGAUGAUAGUGAUAAUAUGCUGUCCUUUUUCUUAUUAAACCUGAAUGUUUUUCAAAAACGGGAUUAGGUUGAGGAUUCAAUAUGGUUUGACUGAUUUAGUCUGGUUUUGAGUUAUUGGAUUACUCAAAUGGUUCAAUGGGUUGAUGCUGAUUGCAAGCAAUUCCUGGUGGUAGUGAGACUAGUGUGUUCCGUUUUGUUUCUAAACCAAUGGAGGCCUAAGAAUGUUUUUGCAUCUCUUUUCCAAUCCCUCCCUUAAUCUCACAUGAAUGCUGUAGCCAUAUCAAUUUAUGAACUGCUUCAUGUUCAAAUGCUUAUUAGAUUAGGAGGUUUCAAAAUAGAAAUGACUGGAAUGAUAGAUCGUUUAGAGGUUUCCUUUCAGAGGCAGUUUAACUACCAUGACCAAGUUCCUCAUAAGAUUGGUGGAGGCAAAACAGGUAAUAAAUAUAUGAAGACAAAUGAUGGGUUAAGAAGACCCAUGGAAUCAUCUAAACAUUAUAUUGAUUCUCCAUGGCCAGCUGUGACAUAUGAUAUAAUGGCACCAUCACCUGUGGUGGGGUCUAGUUUCAAGCUUGUAUAUCAGCAAAUCUUAGACUCACAGGCACAAUUAUUGGAAGGCAAAGAAUAUCAUAAGAUUCAAAAUCCUACUGUAGAAACAAAUGAUCAUCCACAUGCCCCUGCAGAUUCUAAUAUUUACACCCAACCAGAAGAUGUGAGUUCUGAUUCUGCAGCAAGAGCACUAAGACAACCAAAAGUGGGAUACUGUAAAAUUUGUGAGGUUCAUCUACCCUAUUGCAAAACAUUGGAAAUGCAUAACCAAGAAAAUAGUCAUCAAAGAAUGUUGAAACUAUAUGAGGAAAUACAGAGACUAAAAACUUCAAACGUACAGAUUCCAAAUUCUCAAAAGAAUUUAGUAGUUCUACCUAAGACAGUUCAUAUAUCUGGGAAAAAUGGUCACCCACAAAAGAAUAUGAGUUCAGAAGCUAGUAUUUUGAAGCACAAGAAUUACCUGAAGAAAGGUAUGGGGCUGACUUGUGAAAUUCCAGCUAAAGGACCUGAAGUGAAACCUAGGGAUAAUAGUGGCGCACAGGGUCAUGGUUUCAAGCAGAAUAUUAGGGGUCUCAAAAUAGGUAAAUCAAGUUUCAAGCUACAGUCUCAACGCAUUUUAGCUUCACAGACACCUGUAUCAGAACACAAAGAACAUGCUAUACAUAUUGGAACAGAAUCCCAAUUAUCAAAAGACACAGCAGAUUGUGAGAACCAAAGUUGUACUGAUGAGAAAAACAAUCAGCUGCUGCCAUCAAUUGUAGCGGAGUUCAAUUCCCCUUCAGGUUCCAGUACUAACACCCCAACUACAGAUGAAUGUUCUAAAGCUGAACAAAGGAUAGAGAUUCUCACCCAUCAGUCAGGGACAACUCAGCUGUCUCAGGUAGCUGUUUGUCUUCAGUGUGGCAAUGCAGGGUUUCCAGAGACACUUGUGUUUUGCAACAAGUGUCAGGUAUAUGCACGUCAUAGGUAUUGUUUAGAUGGACCUGUGAUUUUUACGGAUGAUGUUACUUGGUUUUGUGAGGAUUGCGAAGCAAAGGUGACAUCUUUUCAUGAUAGUUGUACUCUUCUCCCAUCUGGAAAAAACAUCUCUCUAAAUUCAGGAAAUGAUGCAUCCCAAGCCAGAAUAGAGCCAAAAAGCUGCAUAGAGAGUGUAAAAAACAAGCAAGAGCCACAAAAUAUUAUAGCUAAAACAAUGGUGCUGUUAUCUGAUAAUCACAGUUUGUCUCAUCAUGGGUUGUCUCAAUGCAUUAACAACGCUGAAAAAGAAAAUAAGUUUGAGAAAGAGUUUCAACCAGAUCCAAAAGAUGAAGCUAAUACUAGUGAGUCUUUAAAUGCUACUGUUCCAUACCCUAUUGCUGAUCCAGUCUGGAGGGGAAGUUUGCGCAUCUCCGACCCAAGUUUUGGUACUGUCAUUGGUCUUCUGGCCCAUGUGUCCACUUUAGCAAGCCCCAAAGUUCUGGAGGAGACAAGAUUUUUCCCUGAUGUGCUUUGCCCAGACUUGCGCCCAAGAACUGCGGUGUGGCCAAAGUCUUUCAUGAAAUGUGGACCAAAUAUGGAUAGCAUUGCUCUUUAUUUUUUUCCUGAUAGUGAAAGAGUUGAGAGGGCCUUUCACAAGCUGGUAGAGGACAUGAUGUACUUUGACCUUUCCUUAAGAACAGAGGUUGAAAAUGCUGAGCUUCUAAUUUUUCCUUCUAUAUUACUCCCUAUUCAAUGCCGAAGAUUUCAAGAAAAGUACUACUUGUGGGGUGUCUUCAGAGCAAAGAAACCUUCACUGUAAAAAUGAUUUGGUAUGUGGUGGAGAGCUUACUAGUAUUGAAAAGGCCUUAAACCCUUUAGAAACAACAGAGUCCCUUCAAGACAGAGGACUUGUGGUAGUUCUAGUACAGUUAAUUCAGUGUCUAUACCCAUUUUUUAUAUAAUGUGAAUUAGUACAUUAUAGUUUGCA